AUGGCCUCCGUGUCCCAUAUCGUGUCGGCCGUUCCGGGAGUAUCACGCAUCUCAACCCUCCAUCUCGUGAACCAGCGGAGUACAGCGUCACCCAAGAGCACAGGGGGGGCAGCAGUGUCGGAGGCAGUGAUUGUGGGUGGAGGAUUGGCCGGCCUCGCAACUGCUAUUGGCCUCCGGAACAUUGGGAUUGACGCGCAGGUAUACGAGGCACGGGACGAGGUGAUAGACGGGGGAACCCUCCUCACCCUCUUCCCCAACGGGCUCAGGGCACUCAGCAGAAUCGACCCUGCCAUUGUGCCCCAGCUGAUUUCCCGUGGAGUACCGGACCCCAUCGGUUUCAACCGCACUCCAACGGGUGAUAUCCUCUUCCGGUUUGAGCCCGCGUCCAGCAUCACUGCCCGCUACGGCUUCCCCAUGCUCUGCAUCCACUGGCAAGAGGUGCUCGAUGUGCUGCGGGGAAUGCUGCCAAACGAUGCCGUCCACACCGGGCACAGGCUCGUGGAGUUUACACAGGGAGAGGAGGAAGAGGGGAGCAGCGCAGUGAAAUGCGUUUUUAAGAAGGUUUCGGGCGGUGAAGAGCGGUUUUUGGAGGUGGAGACCCCGCUGCUGCUGGGGGCAGACGGCAUUCACUCGGAGGCACGGAAGCAGCUGCUGGCGGGGACAGCGGGAGAGGAAGUGAGUGUGCGGGACAACGGCAGAACCCAUUGGAGGGCCAUCAUCGACAGUUCCCUCUGCGCGCACCCCCUGGUGCAGCCACGGCAGGUAAACACCAUAAUCGGUGUCAACCGCACUGCAACCGUCGCUGAUGCCGGAGCAGGCAAGCUCUACUGGUCGCUCGCGCUCGUUGAUUCCGCCGAUCCAACGGUCAGCAGCGAGCCGUCCGGCGGGGGGAAGGAGGUGCGGGAGAAGAUUCUGCGAGCUUUUGAUGGGUGGGAUGCGGUGGAGAAGCUGGUGAAUGCUACUUCCCCGGAGCUCAUUCGCGAGAGUCGCGUGCUCGACCUCCCGCCCCUGCCCUUCUGGGUCCACGGGAGGGUGGCGCUUCUGGGAGAUGCAGCGCAUGCAGUGACGCCAGCGCUGGGCCAGGGGGGGAAUCUGGCAUUUGAGGAUGCGGCCCAGCUGGUGGAGUGCCUCUGGGCACACUCGCUUGUCAGUGACGCUCUCCGCUCCUUCCAAUCACUCCGCAUGUCACGAGUGCAAGCGGUGUCAGCACGGAACACUGCCCAAACAAAGAAGGUGUUUGACAAGAAGAAAGAGAAUAACGCAGCAGGCGGUGAUGGAAGUGAGGCAAAAGCACCGCCAAGGAUUGAAGAGGUUCAAGCGGCAUCGGCUGCAGCAUCGGCACGGGCGGGGCGUGAUCCUGACGAGGAGCUGUAUGGUUAUGACAUUGUGGUUUUGGAGUAG